CGUUGUUGUUGUUCUUUAUGCAGUUCGUUAUCGUCACGGUGUGAUUUUCUUUGGUAGGCUGAAUCACCGUUGUUGUAAUGCUUGGGUCUGACGGUAAGUAACAGAGGAUUAAAAAAAAAAAACAAAACACACAAAAAACACGGCGGCUUUUCCAGUGAGGCACACUGCUUAGGACUCACAGCGGGUUUCCCCUACAGCUGUUUCUCUGCUCCCGCAGAGCAGCCCGGCCUCCCACGGCAGGGAGACGCGCACGGGCAUUCGGAGAGCGUGAAGCCCAGCGCGUGGCUCCUCCACGCCGCUCCACUCCCCCGCGGCGGCUGCCGACGAAGCUCCCCAUUCCGCGUUGUGAUUUGCAUGCCUCCUCCACUUCCUGCUGCAGAGCCAGUUCUGCAGCCUACCUGGGAGAGGAAGGGAGGCUGUCGUAAAAGGAGGAAAAAAAAAAAACGGCCGAGGAGGGAGAGCCGGGUGUACGCAGAGCCCGCAGGAUUCGCUCCAGCCCUGUCCCCUUCCCGCUGAGCUCAGGGCGAGCGUCCCUCAGCCCAAGUUUGCUGGAAAAUUCUGACCUUGCAGCACGGCAGUUGACUCCCAUUUCUUGUGUGACUACAGAACUGGGAAAUGGCCUCCGUGUCAGGCACUUUUGUGAGCCGUAGCAUACCAGUGGAAGUGGAUGAAUCCAUGUUGUAUUCCCCAUUUCCUGAACCUGCCCUGGAAGAGGCUUCACAGCCUUCUGUAGAGAAUGUGGAGGACGAGGAGUGCCAGAGACCACGUGCCAAUCCAGCACAUCUCUGCAGAGCACUGGCGCAUCACCAGCUGGCCAUGGAGCCGGACAGCAGGCCGUGGUCGGAAUAUACCAAUCCCGAUGAAUGUGGGCGUUUCUGUUCCCCCAGUGAAUCAAUACUGGAAGUAGUUCAUUCCAAGAUGCAUCUUUUAACUAUGGACAAAUCAGGCAUGCAGCCAGGACCACUGCUUUCAGCCGAUACCAACUCCAGUAAGUCGGAGCAGAGCUUGCGUGAUGCUCCUGAGGACUCGUUGGAGGAGGACAACAAAGGGAGUUCGUGGUCACAGCAGUCUUCAGGAAACAAACUCCCAGCAGAGCUGGCAACUGAGGACACAGGUUACAACUCCCAGUCCCAGGACAUCAUGGGUGUCAGGCACCUGGAGCUCCCCUUACCGCUUGUGUCCAUGGUGAACCCCCAGGACCUCCCAGGACCACUGAUCUCCAGAGAGUUUUUUGGACCUGAGCCUCAGCAGCACCCCAGGUGCCAGCACUUGCCCCAUCCCAACCCCUCUGCGCAAGCCUAUGGCUUCCGUGGGCACCACUAUCUGGCAGAGCAGCACCUGCAUGGCCCACAUGGCAGAGCUCCUUACCAGCAUUUUGCCCACACAUCGCAACCGCUCCCUCCUGUUCCUGGACCCUGCAUGAGAGUUAUCCGCCCAGCCCAGCAAGUCAUCCCCAAUUACUCCAACCUUCGUGCUCCCAAGGGAACCGCCGAGCGACCUCUCCAGAGGCUGUGCUCCUCCCCUGGUCCUCCUCGAUUCCCAAACCAGUUGUACAACCAGCUACCUAACGGCCAGCUGCCCCAAAAGGCAUGUGGCCCAGAUGAAGCAUGUUGUUGUCCUUCUGACAAUUUUCCGUCUCCAGCUGCUGUCCCAAGACCUCUCAGUAACCCUGCAGCCAAGGGAACUCUGAGAACCAGCAAUUUGCCGGAAGAGUUGCGCAAGGUCUUUAUAACCUAUUCCGUGGACACAGCGGUGGAGGUCAUGAAAUUUGUGAACUUCCUGCUUGUAAAUGGAUUUCAAACUGCUAUCGAUAUAUUUGAGGACACAGUACGAGGUAUUGACAUCAUAAAGUGGAUGGAACGCUACCUAGGUGAUAAGACGGUGAUGAUAAUCAUAGCAAUCAGUCCAAAAUACAAACAGGAUGUGGAAGGGGCUGAGUCCCAGCUGGACAGGGAUGAACACGGCUUACAUACUAAAUACAUCCACAGGAUGAUGCAGAUUGAGUUCAUACAACAAGGGAGCAUGAACUUCAGAUUCAUCCCUGUGCUUUUCCCAAAUGCCAAAAAGGAGCACGUGCCUACCUGGUUGCAGAACACUCACAUUUAUACCUGGCCAAAGAACAAGAAGAACAUCCUCCUGCGGCUACUGAGAGAGGAGGAAUAUGUUGCUCCUCCAAUAGGACCUUUACCAAUGCUCCAGGUUGUGCCAUUAUGAACAUUAUCUCUUAAAGUGCACGAGAAGCAGUUGUUAAAGGGUUGCUUUUGGCAGGGAGCCAGCACUCUUCCAGAUGGCUCUUUCUGAUGACAGAAGACACUGCUUCUGCUUAAGGAAUUGGUUAUCUUGGGUAGCUCAGGCUCAGCUUGUUCUCCACCACGUUAAACAUCUAUUUCUGAAACUGAUGGGGCAGAACUCUUCUCUCCUAGGUUUUUAAAAAAGCUGCAAAUGGAACGAAUGCCCAACUUUAUCUUAACAUCUGUUUUUAACAUAUCCCUUUACUAGUCGAUACAGCAAACAGAUACUAGAAAAAAUGUUGCAAUAAUGUAAAAUAAAAAUUACAUCCUCCUUUUUGCUCAGGUACUCUUUAUUUAUAUCCCUGCCUUGUACAGCAUUAUCGGACAGUUAAUUUGUAAAUGCACUAUUAAAUAUAUUUGCCUUUUGUAAGGCUAUUUUAUACGUUGCGUCAAGUUUUUACUGUUGCUGGGAACGACAAGGAACGGUAACUGUUUGAGUAAUGCAAGUUUUACUUAGACUGUCUUGCACAGAGACACACUCUUCAAUUAGAGGACUCUUGGAUCUGAAGCCUCUGGAGUUCCAUUUCCUCACAGCACAGUCCCUAACACCUUCAGCAUGUUACAGCAACAGUCCACAAAAGGACAACUAAAUGUAUUACUGCGUGUGCAGUCAGUACCAUGGAAUGCUGAAGUACUUUUAUAGUGGGCCUUUAGCUUCAUUACUGCUCUUCAUCCCUUAUUUGAAACAGAGCAUGUCAAAGAACAAUUGCCAUUUGGAAACCAGCGGUUGUUAAGAGAAAUAACAUUGACUCCUACAACUUGUAUGCAGUACGGAACAAUAAAAUAAUCAAAGAUGUUGGAGAGCUGUGGGGUGCUGGCAACCGAGAAGGCUCAGCAGCUUCACAUCUGCUAAAGUCUGAGCGUGUUUUUGCAGAGAACAUAAGCACUACUUUGGUGAGGGUUCUUCUCUUAACUGCUUUAACCUUGCUGAGAUAACAGUGGACCCUGUUGGCUUGAAAUCCCGCAGCCGUUAUUGUUAGAAUAGGCAUACAAGAACCUCCUGCUCUGGUGCAGAGCACUCCAUGCCUGUGCAAUACAGGCUCUUUCCAAGAUCCACUUUAUUGUUUGUUACAGAGUGGCCCAAAUACAGCUUCAUGACAAAGUAAAUGUGUUUAGUUCUCCAAAAAGUAAAUUAACCAGAAGCUGAUACUCCUGUUACAUCGCCCAAAAUAUUUAAUUAGCUUGCCAUGAGGAUCGUGCUAGUGUGGUAUGUCAAUACAGGAUGUGCUUCAUGGUGCUCAUGAGGAACAAUUACAGCACUGUUGCAGAUACCCUCAUGGAUUUUCCUUUUGCAUAAAGAGUUACAGCUGCCUAAGAGAACUAGGAGAAGGGUGGAUCCAGUGUUGUCAGAUCUUAUUAUUUUCAUUGUGGUAUUUGCUGUGCUUCUCCCCAGUUUCUAGAGAGAAAUCCCAUAGCCCAGCAACUGAAAGACACUCAUACCUAGCAUGCUGGCAGUUUUCUGACAAGGCACAAUGAACUUCUAUUAUGCAGCAGCACUUCUUGCUAUCUACAUAUGGGAGAGUGGGGUGUCCCAUUUUUUCCAUGUGAUAAAAUGAAAAGCUAAGUUUCCAAUUAAGAAAAUAACUUUCUAAAACUAUGACAGAAAUCCUUCUUAAAAGGUCAACAAAGUGAAUACAGAGGGAGGGGGAAGAGGGGGACUUGGUUAUCUAAACAUUGGCAUUUAGGGUCACUCAGAGUGCUGCACAAUUUUAUGCUCAGAUUCCAAGUGCUGUUCUAGACAAUGCAACAUUCUUGAAGUGCUGCUGCUUAUCUGCCACUACUGUAUGGCUGUCUCAGGUACAUAUCUAAAGUAUUUGAACACUCAAAAAUAAUUUCGGGACUCAAAACAUACAUUUUGUAGGAAUGUGUUUGGGGGAGGACAGGGUAAAGGACUUGAGGUUGGAAAUGCAGGAUGUCAUUUGGCAACAAGACCAUGGCAGAAGAAGUUGAACCAACUGGGCCAGGGAAGUUCCAGCAGGCAAUAAACUCAAGGGCACGCACGUUCAAUAUGGAAUGACGAUGAGUCUUGCUACCCUCUGCAAAUAUAAACUAGAUCUAAUAGCUAGAAGCUGAAAGGACAAAAAUACAUACUUUGUAUUCCCAUUUCCAGUUUGGUAGAAAGCUAAUCCAUAGAAAGCACCUAUGGAUUAGCCUGUCUCAAACAGCUUCUGAUCUCAAAAUCCAAUUCCUUCCACAUUUGAUAGGUGGAAGCUCAAACAAAUACAGAAUAGAACAGAAUCAGAAUCAUAGCAUAUCCUUAGUAGGCAAGGACCCACAGGCAGCAUCGAGUCCAGCUCCUGGCUCCACACAGGACCACCCAAAAUUCAAACUCUAUGUCUGUGAGCGUUGUCCCAGCGCUCUUUGAACUCCGGCAGCCUGGGGUCGUGCCCAUUGCCCUGGGCAGCCUGUUCCAUGCCCACCGCCCUCUGGCAAAGAAUGUUUUGCUAACCCUCCCGUGACACAGCUCCAUGCCGUUCCCUCAGGCCCUGUCGCUGUCGCAGAGAGCAGAGCUCAGCGCUGCCCCUCCGCUCCCUGUGAGGAGCUGCAGCCGCUGUGAGGGCUCCCAUCAGCUCCUCUGCUCUGCGCUGAGCAAACCCAGGGACCUCAGCUGCUCCCCACACUUUGCCCUUCAGACUUUUCACCAUCUUUACGUCCUCCUUUAGACGUUUCCUACUAGCUUUAUGUCUCUCUAACACCGUAGCGCCCAAUGUGCACCCAACGCUGGAGGUGAGGCUGCAGAGCACAGUGCAGAGCGGGGACAACCCCUCCCUUUGCCCGGUAGCAGUGCUGGGGUGGGUGCCCCCAGGCACGGUUGGCCCCCACAAUGUACUUCGUGCCUACAGGUUUCAAGGACAUAGCGAGUACUGGAGAUCCCCAAAUCUGGCCUGGAGGAGAGGCAAUGUGUGAUGUGGGCCUCCGCCUAGUCCUGACGGUGCUGUGCUGGCCUGCCAGAGCCAGCAGGAAUGCGAGCUCAGCCCUGUGCCCCCCUCACCAACCAGCCCCAGCCACAGCUCGGAGGGGGCUUUCAGAGUGUGCAGUGUGGGCAAGGCCGGAGGGGAGAAAGCUGCAGGAAAUGAGGCUGUGUUUGUUUUGCUGCAUACAAAGCUGCAUAUUAGGGAGAGCAGUUAAGCAUUCAGAAUGAUUAGCAAGGCUGGGUAGUAAAUUCCUUUCAUCAUUCUGGCUGUCAUCCUAAAAUAUGUGCUCUAGAUUUACCACAGAUUUGCUUGGUUUGGGCCAGGGAAUUUCAUUAAGUAAUUCCUGCAUCAUGUGAUACACAAGGUUGCACUAAAUGCUCCAGCGACCAUUUCCAUUCUUCUGUUUCAAUGAUCCCCGUCUGAAAAACAAUGAUAGCAGAAUGAGGGAGAAAAAUAAAGAGUCGGUGUUGAGGAAGUACAAAGAGCUCCAUAUAUUUAACUGCUGGGGCAUUUUUUUUUUUUUAAUUGAAUAACAGUUCCCAGGAUCCAUUGAUCUUUACAUUAGUUAGAGCGUCCUACAAGGACAGAAACCAUGAUGGGGAGAGAGUGAGUAAUGAGCUCGCAGCCGAGUGAAUCAUUUCCCCUACAGCUUUGUGUUUGUAGAGAGACAGAUGGUGGGAGCUGUGAAGAGGGAGAGGGAGGGGACAGGCAGGUUUUUGCAAACGACACAAGUAGGGAGAGGACGGUGAAAAAGAAAUAUGCAGCAGGUAAGGGAGGAGAGGCUGGAAACAUGCAGGCUGCUUCAAAACUAACAUGCUCAUGUUAAAAGAGAUUAGGCUUACAGGGAAGUUUAGAAAGGAAAUUACAGAAAACAAGAGCCUUGAGGCCAAGAGAGAAAAAUAUAACAGGAACAGCCCAAGAAAUGCAUCUGUAGAUCUCUUAAGUCAGUUAUUAAGCUCAUGUGCAAAUAGUGGGGCAGUAGCUUUCAGAAUGCGAGCAUGCCUCCCAUGGGUGGGCACUGCUGCCAGCAGGAGCUGCUGAGCUGUGGGCAUGAAGGCAUCGCCUGGAGCACUGCAGAGGUACCGGGGGGAUGUUCCCCAGUGCAUGCACACCUGUGGGGU